GAAUUAUUACAGAGAAAUAUGGUGACAAAACUGUAGGAAAUGGUAACAAAAAGAAUGAAGAUAUGAAUCUUUUUGAAGAGGCAAAAAACAAAAAAAAUAUGAAGAGGUGUCUGUUAAGCGGGAAUUACAACUUGAAAAUCAACUCUCAGACCCAAAACUCGCCUGACCUCAGCUGGUGUCAGUCUCCAGGUCAUAGGUCCUGAAUUCUCACCCCAGAAAUCCAGAAUCUCAGAGACCUUUUCUAAGUUGAGGAUGGUUGCCGUUUGAGUGAGCCGAGCAAAAUUGUCUCUUAACAGUUCUUUGGGUCAUGCUAGAGAAGUGGCUAACUAAUGCCCUACAAUCUCUGUCCAGCUGAAGGCCUCCAAGUUGACUGAAUCUUUUCUGCAUCAUAAUGUAUGAACGAAUCGUAGUUGUUGGCAGUCAUUAGUGAUUGCAGCCAUGCUGCAUUUGUCCCAACGGCAUGAAGAAGCCUUUGAACCCAGGGGCCUAAAUUGUAAUCCUCUUUGCUUUCAUUUGUGUUUCAGUGUACUGCUGGUCCAAGGGUGUUAUUUUUCUUUAUUCUGGAAUAGCACAUGGUUUCUUCUAAAAUAAACAAAUGUGCAUUACUAUUUUACAGAAAUUCAAGAACUACACAGCAUACUUGAUCAUCAUCUCCAAAAAUGGUUAGGACUAAUGAGAGGCAUGAAUCCGCAGAAGACUAUUGCAUUAGCAUCUUCUUUAGAGAAUGGCUAUCCAUGAAUUUUGGCUCUCCAUUAACACUUGGUAACGGAGCUAGCAAGCAUAGUCGGAACAUGACGGACAUGUGAACUUAAUACACAUAACACCUGCAUAAUGUAGCAUAUCUGGACGGUAUUUUAAUAUAUCGAUCGAUCAUUGUAAUUCCUAAGAAUCUCAGCCCAGCCCAAUUGAGAUGCACACAUAAGAAUCAUAAAGCAGUCCUGCAGUAGUAAGGAUUCUAACACAACUGGGAUUUAAAGCUUAGGAAUCCACGUCCUACAGUGAUAAGGGUUCUAACUCGAUCAACUGGGAUUUCUUGUUUUGCAGAACAUAGAUUUGAAGCAAAUUUGCCUAUAUAUAACCACAUAUUUCUCACGGUUUGGAGCAUAAAGAUAUAGAGUCAGUUGUGCAGCAUUACUCAAACUACAAUCUUUUAUUUUCUGAUUAUAACCACCUAGCUAGCUAAGAAGAUCGAUGGAAGACCGUGGCGAGCCUAACUUGUACCUUCCACCAGAGAUUAUGGAUGAUAUUCUUUUAUGGCUACCAGCCAAGUCCUUAUGCCGCUUCAAGUGUGUAUCAAAACCAUGGAAAGCCAUGAUAUCCGACACCCAUUUUGUUAAGAGGCACAUCAACAGAGCCACUGAGAACAAGGAUGUAUUCCUCCAAAGAAGAAGAGUGAUAUUCACCGACGCGGCAGACAAUGGUCUUUAUACUUUGGACUUAGAUGAGUUUCUCAAAAAUCAUAAACAUGUGCUUCUUAAGAACCAUGCGGCUGAUACAGAUAAUGGUAUUGAUAACGAUGAUGAUGAAGAAGAUGAACAAGUAGCUGCCACUAAGCUCGAUUAUAUUUACCGUGAGCAGCCAAGUGUUCGAGUUCCGUUUUUCCAUUCCUGCAAUGGCCUGAUUCUCCUCGAGUUAUCUGAUUUGGAGUUAUAUUUGGUUAACCCUGCAACAAGUGAAUCCAAGCAUCUAGCAAAACCACCACUAGAUUAUUACGAGUUCCAUAAUUAUAAUUAUCACCUAUAUGGGUUUGGUUUUGAUUCCUCCUCUUCUCAAUACCAGUUGGUUCAGGGAGACAUUUGUAUACAUGAUGAUGAUAUUUUUUUAGGGUGGUGGGGAACCUGGUUUAGUGUCUAUAACUUUGAAACUGAUUCGUGGCGACAUAAAUUAUCAUCCCCGCAUCCUUACAUUCCUGCAAGUUCACAAAUGCAUCGAAACGAAAAUGGGGUCAUGUUGAAUGGUCGUUUUCAUUGGUUGAUGAAGUCGUUGAAAAGAUACAAUUAUGAUGAUGAGGCAUUUGUGAUUGUAGCUUUGGAUGCACCGUUGAUACGGACUCGAGAAAUUCCACUACCGCCUGAAUUAUCCAGUGGCAGUCAAUUGGUGAAACUAGGGGCCUUUAGAGAGUGGUUAUGCAUAACAUUAGCGACAGUGGAGCCCCAUCAUGCAGAAACAUAUAGUGAGUUUUGGGUCAUGAAGGAAUAUGGAGUGAGGGAGUCGUGGACUAAAAUGAGGGUCUCCAUCCCUUAUGCUGAGUUAUCACACUCUGGUUUUUGGACGGAAUCUCAUGAUUUGAUGGUUUUUGGAGAAAGGUUAAUUUUGUACAAUUUUGAUGAAGAAAAUCCACAAAGCUUCCAGAAUUUAUCGGUUCGCGAAAUUGGCAAAGUUGGUAGAGUUGGAGUAUACAUUGAGAGCCUUGUUUCAGUUAGGGAUCUCAUAAGGGAUCUCAACAACAUGAGAAUAAAUCCAUGGAUAGACAGGAGACGUGGAAAAUACUCUUAUCAAUCUGCAGGCUAGCUCUUUUUUUUUUUUUUUUCCUCUCUUCUUUUUCCUUUUCUUUUUCUCAUAAUCAAUCUUGCUCUCUGAUUUAAUAGCAAGCUAUGACUUUGUGUUUUUUUACUAAAUUUGUUACAUUAGCGUUCUGUUUAGUAUCUCAUGUGUUUUGUAGAAUAAAAAACCGAACUUUUGGAUGGAACUUAUUUGAAGAUCUUAGUAUAUAACAGCAGAAAUUAUAGAGAUGUAUUAUGAACAAUUGUUAACAAGAUGUACAAGUUAAGAUAAAAAUGCUGCAAUAAGGCAAUAAGCAGAUUAUAGAAUUUCUCCACCAAAAAAAAAAAAAAAAAAAAAAAAAACCAAA